AUGCUGAUCAUUCUGUGUAACGCCCCAAAUGUUUUACCUGGUUGUAGGGCCCAGCUGUCAUUUCCUCUUCCUUCCCCUGUGCUUAUCCUCGCUCUCGAAGCCUCCCGAACCGGCCAGCUCACUUCCGUGCUCAAGUCGCCCACGCCUCUCCCUCUCCCUCUCCCUCUCGCGCGCGUGCCCCGCCAUGGCCGCCGCGGCCACGAGCCGAGCUCGCCGCCGACGCUUAGAACCACCUGCGGCCAUGAGCAGAGCCACCACCACCGCCGGCCUAAUCUCGAGCUGAGCCAGUGCUUAGGUCAUUUCUUCUCUCUUUUGUUCCCUUUCAUCUUCUUCCUCACCGUUGGUGGAUUUCGAUUCACCCUCUCCGGCUUCCCGGCGAGCACCUCCACCCGUCAUCGUCUCUGCUCGCUGUGGCGCCUCCCUGUUGCGCCGUCCCUUCGUCUGAGCUUUGGUGACUGAACCGUCGGAGGUCGAAUCCGUGGAGCCCACCGAGUCCGUGGAGCCUGAACCCGGA